AUGCCGCCCUGCGGCCCCGUCUCGGUCGAAGGCGACCCCACGCAGAUUGGGGACGCCUGGGUGCCCGUGCAGAUUCACGUGAAUCCGGGCCUCGUGGGACAAUGGGCACGCCAAUGCACGCGUGAAUACCGACCCUAUCCGGGCGAAAUCCUUUGCAAAAAGUAUAAAAUUGAACAUGCGGUCGGUGCGGGGCAUUUUACCCGCGCAUAUUUAGCCACCGACCUGGAGACGAAUACCAAGGUGUGUAUUAAGCGCCACGGUGGUCUCACAGUUGAACUGAUGACAGACUUGUUGACGAUCAGCAGGAGAGUUGAAUCAGUUGACCCUGAAGGCCAGUGCUUCUCCAGGUUGAUCGAGGCGUUCUUCGACAUGGUGGGCUACACCGUCGAGACGCUGUUUGAAGGUCGGAAUUGCAUGGAGAUCUGCCGAAGCAAUCCUCUGCAUUUCAAAGACCUGAAGAACCUCCGUACCGUUGCGGUGGGCUGCCUUCGCGGCCUGUCCCUCUUAUGCGAUGCGGGUGUGGUGCAUUGCGACAUGAAGGCGGACAACUUCAUGUGGACGAAGGGAACUGACGGCUCCACCGUGGUGCGCUUAGUGGACUUCGGCUGCUUGGUGCGCAGCGAGUGGACGGACGUCUCCCCGAAGCGGCCGGACUUGCGCAGUGGCAGGAUUGACCGAAUACCAGCACCCGAGGGCUGCAGUCGAUUGGAUAGUCGUUUGGAGAAUGGCCGGAACUGGGCCUUCGCAGAGGGCGGAGCAGGACACAUCGGCAAGUGGGCUCCCGAAAUGAUGUUGCGGUUGCCCAUUACCGACAAAGCCGAUGUCUGGGGCCAAGCGGUCGCCCUCUUGGAGCUCUACUCGGGCCGCAACAUGUGGAACGAAGAAGAAGACACGGUGGAGUACAUGUUGGCGCAAGCUUUGGGAUUAGUCAAUCAGAAGGCCGGCUUGCCGGAGAAGCUUCUGCGGCGAAGUCCGCUCGACAUCCGGCAGCUUUAUACGCCUUCCCCUGCCUACUUUCCCGUGCAACGCAUGGGCGUGGCUCCUCACGUGCGCUUCAAGGAGCUUCGACCCGCGACUUGGGGCCUGUCCUGCAUCCUGGGUGAUGAGACCAAGUGGGACAAGACCAAGAGCCUAGGCCGAUGUCGUUGGCUCGGAUCUAGGCGAUAG